AGUGAGCGACAGAACCCGCGGAGGAGUUUUACUGACGCGCGUCAUUCGGCGAGUUUGAGGAGAAAAUCAAAGAGGAUCUUCUAAACUACAAACUUUAUAGAGUUGUGUGUGUGUAAGGGAUACCCAGGCGCGCUUCUCACGGGCUCAUGAGUGUGUGACAGGCUGGUCUCCUCCUCAUGGAUCUGCGGAGGUCCUCCUCGGCUGUUGAUGGGUGAUCGGGUCUCCUCCGGGAUGAGGAGCACAGCCCGGCCUCCGUCCGUCGCGCGCGUUACUGUGAGCGAGUGAUGGUGAUGAGGAUGAGGAUGAUGAUGAAGGUUAGUUUGAGCGCUCUUCUGCAGAGCUGUCUGAUGAUGAUGAUGGUGAGAUGUGGCCAGCUCCACCUCAGAGACUCCGGCGACUGCGAGACUCACACCAGACAAAGCGAUCUGAACUCGUUCCUGUGGACGAUCAAGCGAGAGCCGCCCUCGUUCUUCUACGGCACGAUCCACGUCCCGUACACGCGCGUGUGGGACUUCAUCCCGGAGAACUCCAAGCAGGCGUUCCAGCGGAGCGGCGUGGUGUUCUUCGAGCUGGACCUGACGGACCCGUCCACGGUGUCGGGCCUGAGCUCCUGCCAGCUGCUGCCGCCGGGCGAGAUCCUGCAGGACCUGAUCCCGGAUCAGCUGUACCGCCGGCUGAAGGCACACCUGGAGUACGUGCGGCUCAUGCUGCCCUCCUGGGUCACGCCGGGCCAGCGGGGUCAGGGCCUGUACGCCGAGUACCUGUUCAACGCCAUCGCCGGAAACUGGGAGCGCAAGCGGCCCGUGUGGGUCAUGCUGAUGGUGAACGCGCUGACGGAGGCCGAGGUGAAGAGCCGAGGCGUGCCGGUGCUGGACCUGUACCUGGCGCAGGAGGCGCAGCGCAUGAGGAAGCGGACCGGCGCCGUCGAGGAGGUGGAGGAGCAGUGCCUUCCUCUCAACGGCCUCAGCUUCCAGCAGGUGAUCUUCGCUCUGAACCAGACGCUGCUGCAGCAGGAGAGUCUUCGGGCCGGGAGUCUGCAGGUUCCCUACACCACUGAGGACCUGAUCAAGCACUACAACUGUGGAGAUCUGAACUCCAUCAUCUUCAACCACGACUCCUCGCAGGUGCCGAACUUCAGGAACGUGUCUCUCCCAGCGAGUGAUCAGGAGACGGCGCAGGAGAUCGACAGAUACUUCCGUCAGGAGCUGAUCUACAAGCGUAACGAGAGGAUGGGGAGACGGGUUAAAGCACUGCUCCAGGAACAGCCCGACAGGAGCUUCUUCUUCGCCUUCGGAGCAGGUCAUUUUCUGGGAAACAACACAGUGAUCGAUGUUCUACGGCGCGAAGGUUAUGAGGUGGAACACGUACCAGCUGGACAGCCGCUCCCCAGGUCCGGCUGGAGGCCAGGAGAGCCGGAGCCGGAGCCGUUCCUCCACGAGAGUCUCCAGGAGCACGAGGAGCUUCUGCUGGCCGAGAGGAUGGAGCUCACGGAGACGGCGGAGCACAAGCUGAAGAAGAAGCGCAGGAACAAGCAGCGGAAGCAGAGCCGUCGCCAGUUCAACGACCUCUGGGUGCGACUGGAGGACAGUGUGACGGCAGAAGCUCCGCCCCCUCUCGUCCGCAUCAUCAAUGGUUACAUCAGUGUUCAGACACACCCACAGGAGUAUGGCAGAGCCAAUCACGACGGGACAUUCUCAGGCUCCUCCCCCUCAUGGACAAGCCCCGCCCUCUCGGCUCUGAGCGUUCAGAUGAUCAUACGGCUGCUUUUAUAAUAUCUGGAGUCACACACACUGAUCCUGAACCACUUCCUGGUUCAUUCGGGACAAAUGCAGAAAACUAAACACUGAACACUUCAAUUUGUUUCUUCGUUUCCAGAAGAAUCAUUUCCAUGUAAAUAUCGGAUGUAUCAUAGAUGUAAUUUAGAGUUUUUAAUAAAGCAUUUGCUGUUUGUUCACUUAUCAUAUAUAUAUUAUACACACACCCACACACAAACUAAAUCAGCUACUGCAGCAGAGCGAAUUUCUCUAAAGUAUUAGUACAAUCUUAGAAAUAAUAAUAAAUCCUUUCCUUCGGUUCAGUGACACAGUUUAUAUGAGCAGAUUUACGUUUCAUGCAUAAGUGAGUUUCAUGAAAGAGGCCUGUUGCUUUUCUGUUACUAUCCGUCAACUGAAGCAUUGAUAAUUGUUUAAAUUUGUGUAUGACAUAGAAAUGAUUCAUUUAAUUUAUUGGAUAGAUAGUUUUAGUUGCUCUUAACGUGUUUGUUUUGACACAUCAUAUUCCCAAUAUCCAGUGUAUGUGACGUUACAAUAAUGUGUUUUUCUAUGAUCUUACAAACAAUAAAGUAUUUAUCUAGUU